AUGGGUCGGUGGCUGAUGCUGGCGCUGGCGCUGGCGCUGGCUAUGCUGGUGCUGAGGCCGGCGGCUGCUGCUGAAGUGGAGUACCUCCUGGUAUCGCAGCCUCACGACCUGCUGUCCACACUCGGCCUCGCCUCCGGCGCUGCGGCUGGUGCCCAGCCUCCCGUCGAGCAUCUGCUCGUCCUCUUCCCUUCUUCCUCUUCUUCCACCGACGGCCGUGAUAGACAGGUGGAGCGAGCCCAAGCGCUGGGGUGGGCUCUGCGCGAGGAGGCGCCGCGGGUGCGAGUAGCCCUCUGGACCACACGUGGGGGCGGCGACGACGCUGCUGUAGCGGAGGGUGGCGGCGGGGACGUCUUGCUCAGUCACCCAUCGAAGUCCAGCUCCAGCCAGAAGCCACGCCUCCACCCGCGCAAGCCCACCAACUGGCUCCUUACCCUGCACAAUAAAGCGGUGCUGUUCAGCCGCCCACAGGAGGAUCGGGAGUGUCUGCUCUCGCCUCCGCCCGAAGAAGCCGAGGUGAGCUUUUACGAGGGCGCGCUGGACCCGUGGGAGGAUCUCCUGCACUGGGCCAACACCAAGUGCCACACCGCGCGACUCCCCAACGGCCAACUCACUCCCCAGGGCGAGUACAAGCGGCGGUUGUCGGAGAAUCUGUACGAGCCGGCAGAGGGGCAGACCGAGUGCGAGUACGUGGAGGGCGUGCCCACGCGCCGCGAGUUCCUCGACAUGGUGUCCCACUCCAAGCCCGUCGUCUUCAAGGGCGCCCUCCACCGCGAGUCCUGGCCCGCCCUCCACAAGUGGACCAACGACUACCUCAGUGAGCAGUUUGGGGAGAGCCGGGUGCAUGUGAAGAUCAGCCCCGACGGCGAGUUCGAGGGCUGCGAAGACGCCGGCCUGUGGGAGCCCACCGACUUCAAGCCCAUCCCGGCUCGCGUGCUCGCCAAGCUCCAGUCCCCGGACAAGGUGGUCGUGCGACCAGCCAGCAUCGAGUUGAGAUUCUCAGAGUUCCUGGAGCUGUUGAAGACCGAGGCCAAGGUGUCGUUCUACCUGGAGUACUGUUCGAUCCCGUCGUCGCUGCCCCGCAUGAUGGCCGACAUCGCCGACGGCUUUGCGUGGGCCGACUUCCUCGACCGGGCGAUGACCAACAUCUGGCUGGGCAAUGGACGCACCCUCGGCAAGCUCCACUUCGAUCCCUUCGACAACCUCCUCUGCCAGAUCUCGGGGAGCAAGGAGCUGAAGCUGUUCCCGCCCUACCACAACGAAGAGCUCUACGAGGGGCACAUCAGGGAGGCCGUGCUCUCGUUCGAUCGCGACACGUCGACCUUCUCACGCAGCGUUCUCACCGAAAGCACGUCCAUGGUCAUGAGUCCGGUGGACAUUGUCAAGCCCGACCUGACGCGCUACCCGCUCUUCGCCCGCGCCAAGCCGCUCCAGUGCAACAUCCACGCCGGCGACGUCCUCUACCUGCCCUCGUUCUGGUGGCACGAGGUGCAGUCCCGGCCCGACGAGCACCGACGCAACGUCGCCGUCAACUUCUGGUACCGGCCCUUCCUCGACAAAGAGUUCCCGUGCCCGUCGUGCCGCCUCUUCGUGAGCCCCCACUACGACCACCUCCUCCACAACCUCACCCCGACCCACAACAACGCCUCCGCCACCUUUGCCCACCACCACCUUCUUCCUCCUCACGAACCACUUCUUGUUGGUACCGCCUAA